GCUAUUUUCGAUUGAACCUCCGCCCGCACAAGACAGGUUCGCCGUCUUGUUCCGGGAUCUUCAACGCGACCACAUUCACACUUGCCGCCUGUGGUUUCCUUAUUGAUAUCCAAUCUCCCCGCGACUCAGCCGCCAAGAGCACUGGUGCCCGCCGAUCCCGUUUGAAAAGCGCCGCAGCUGCACAUCAUGGCACAAAAUAAGCUCGGCAGCCACAGCGCACAGCUGAAUCUCGCAAACUUCAACACCCCGACAAACGCCGCGCCCUCCAUGUCCUCCGAAGACGACAUGUUGGCCGACGUAGAUGAACCUCCCGACUUACAGCGCACUCCUCGACCAUCGGCCCUCAAAUUGCACGACUCAUUCAAAGGCGCCUUCGAAAAACACGCCCCACGUUACCAGCGCCAAACGUCACUGCUGUCGACUGCCCUUCACUCCAACGAGACGUCACCUAUCGAGGAGCAUGACGACGUCCCCCGCGGCAUGUCAUGUACUUCCACCUGGAGUAACAACAGCAUCUCCACUGCCGAAUUGACAAGCGACGGCGGCAUCACAAGCCCUGGUACGCGUACAAGCACGCCGAGCCCACCACUGCCUCCCGUCUCGUCCCACAAUAUGCUCCCGAUCUCCACUAAACCGCUGGAACGCGAAGUGACUAUCGUGCGAUAUGAUGGAGAGCACGUCGUCCCUGUGCUGAAAGAUCCUCCCGUUCCCGUCGUUUCGGAGAACAAGGUAGAGGCUGGCCUGGGCCGGAAGCGGUGUAUCACUUUCGCUUGUGGCGGAAAGAAAGAGGCGAAACCAGAGCCCCAAGCUGCGAAGACCGUGCCCGAGCCGCAGCAGAGUGAAGAGCCACCCAAGCGACCUUGCACCAUCAAGUUCGCAUGCCCCACCAAGAUUUCGACAGAUGCACCGGCUAAGACGCGUGUCGCCCGCGCUGCUAGCCCGGCACCUCCACCACGGGUGCGCAACAGCUCCAAAGCGUCACUCAAAGCGCAUCGUGGGUCUGAUUCGACGAUCCGUAAUCCUUCGCCUGUCUCUGUUCGAAGACCUCGCAUGUCUGAUCGCUCUCGCCGCCUCAGCAGCAACUCCGACCUGGCACGGACCGAAGCAUUCCGUUUCCAUGAGUUUGCCAGCUCAGAGGAAGAGGUGGAGGAGUGGACACAGGAGUCCACCUGCCAUCGACGACCUCUCACGAUCAAGGAUACCCUCAUCAUCGAGAACAAUCUUCGUCAACUCGGCGAAGAAGCUGAAGAGGAAGCGUUGGAGGAUGAUGAAGAAGAAGAUGACGUUCUUGAGGACGAUGAUGAACUGGACGAAGAUGACGAGGACGCUGAGGACGAUGAUGCAGAAGAAGAGGAAGAGGCAGAGGACAGCGAUGCAGCCGAUGCGUCGUCUGACGAGGGCUUCCAAACUGACAACGAGGAAGGCUUUGCUGUGUCAGACGACGACAGCGAUGCCGGUUCUGAUUACAAUUGGUGGACCCCCGGACGUUCGACAGCAGCAACCUCGAUUGAGCAUCUAGAUCUCAUCCGCCCUUCCUCUGGCCGUCGCAGCAUUUCUGAAUCAUCCGUUGGAUCCGUGGAGAGCUCACAUCGUUUCGUACCAGAGGUUAAGAUCAAACGACGAAAGUCUAGGCCAGUCAACAUUCGUGUUCCCAGCCCAGAGCUCCCGGACAGCACAGACUUCGUAUGCGGAACACUCGACGAGGACCGCCCUCUGGAGCAGGCCUACUUGUCGGCACUGGAGCGUAGGCGUCAAGCGCGACACAAGAAGACCCCGCAAGAUGUGGAUCCUACCUUCCCGACCUCGGAUCCAGAGCUGGACGAGGAGGACGAAGACUCUGAGCCCGAUCAUCUGGCAUCUGAGAGCGACCACUUCAUGCUUCACGGCCAGAUGGAUGCGUUGAAUGGUGACCUCCGCGGCCGCCGUAAGUCCGUUCCAGCGAGACGUUCACCAGCUCAGUCGCCUAAACGUCUGCGAUCACCUGCACCCAUCAAACGUGCGGUUCAUCGAUCUCCACCUCCCCGCAAACUGUUCGGUCAGUCUCCUAAGCGGAUGCGCUCGCCUGCCCCGGCCCGUUUGAAGUCGCCACCUCCCACUCGUAGAGGGUCAUCAUUCCUCGUUGAGCCUGCCAAGCGCACGACUAUGUCGAUCCAAUUUGCAGGGUUGGCCGAGCGUCCGGUCCCAACCAUGACAUCCUCCUUGCCCCGAACUCCGGUUACACAGAACCCACCAGAGAUCGACUACGAUGACGAGGAUACCCCCAACGAGUUCCCCGUCCGUCGCGCCAUCGACAUCAAAGUCGGCUUAGAGAGGAAGCGUCAGCGACGCAGAGAACAACUUUACAAAAAGAUGCAGAAGCAAAAGUGCCACAAAGACAAGCGUCCCGCCCCCGGAAAGGGUGCCGAACGGAUGCGUGAAGUCGGCCUAGGUUUGGCAGCCCACAAGGGCAAGGUUGCAGCUGCAGGCUUCGCCUUCAAUGUGCCACACACACCCGACCAGAAGGAUAUGCAUGUCUUGUCCGUCUAGGAGACGACCAACAGACAGAUGCCAUGAGGAGCAGCGCCGCUGACCACGGUCGGCACCUUCACAAGUCAUUUCUCCGCAUGUGGGGAGAGACUUGUUGGUCGCUGCUCUCAAUGUCCAAGCGGGGUCGCAUAGCGUUGGACCCACGCUUUUCACUUCACUUCACUUUGAGACUGGGUCAAGCCUUGGACCCUGGCUAUUUCACUUGGUUUUUUU